UCGACGGCCCGCUCCAACCCCAAAGAGAUCACCCCGCGCGCAGGUUUGCAAGAUGAGGAAGACAACAAAGGCACCUCAUGCGGCUGAGCUGCUCGACGAGCUUGUUUUCGAGAUCCUCCUCCGGCUGCCCGUCAAGUCCGUCCUGCGGUUCAAGUCUGUGAGCAAGGUGUGGCAUGCAAUCAUCUCCGACCCCUUCUUCAUCCGCGCGCACCUCCAGCAAUCUGCCUCCAGAUGGAGGCAGGACCCUUCACUGCUUGUCACCCCUCACGCUUUGAACUACGUCAUCGAGGACGAAGCUUGGCCGACCACCUUCUCCAACAAGAUCCGCUUCUACCAGUGGCAACAGCCCUCCUCCGAGGAGGAGCCUGAGGAGGAGCCUGAAGAGUUGAAGCUCGUCAUGCAUGGUGGCGACUUCCUCGGCGAUUUCAACUCUGUGUGCCGCUUCGCGCACUGCGACGGCCUGAUGGUCGCCCCCACCAAUACCAAAGUCUAUCUCUUCAACCCGGCGACCAGGGACGCCAUGACACUGCCGUACAGCGACCGCAACAAGAUGCACCGGUACGCGGUCUGCCUUCCUGUAGGGUUCGGCUUGGACCCUUGCACCGGCAGGCACAAGGUGGUUCGGGCCUUCUACCGCUCCAGGAAUCCGCGGACUGGUAUCUACGCCAUGGGGAUGGAGGUGUUCACCGUCGGUGAUGCUCCGGCUUCCUGGAGGGAAACCACGGCUGAUCUGCCGUACCCUGUCGCUGAUUGGAUCACCGCUGUGUUCGUCAACGGGGCCCUAUUCUGGGUCAUUGAGAAGCGUGGUCUUGAUCCGAACCCGCACAGCCUCCUCCGCUUCAGCCUGGACGACGAGACAUUCAGCGUCACGCGCCUGCCUGACUCGCUGGACCCUGCGCUUGUCGAGUCCUACUCCUUCAUGCUGGACGAGAUGCACGGCGAGCUAUGCCUGACCGCCUUCAGCAGCAGCAAGCCGGCCGAGCAGCAGCCCCUCAAGAUCUGGACGCUGGUGGAAGAAGACGACGGGCGAUGGGAGCACCGCUACUCCCUCACCAUUUCGGGGCUGGUGCACCCGGUGGCUCUUCUCCCGGGCCGCGGCGUGAUGAUUGUACAGCGGUCGCAGUACAUCUGCUGCUACGAUCUGCGGACGCAUGAGCUGGACACCGUGUGCGAGCUGGAUCGCCUGAGAUACGAGAGCACGGGCACCUUGCAGGCUGCUAGGCAGAAAACCUAUUACUUUAAUGUAAUACCUUACACUCAGAGCCUGGUCCGAAUUUGA